CAUAGAUCCUUUUUUAUUCAUAUAAUUUUUUACAGAAUGGCAUCUGAAAUAGAUGAGCUGGUGGAACUAUUAGAAAAUACAUCUAUAAACAUUGAUGUAAAAUAUAAAGGCUGGGAAUGCAUUUUAGGUCUAACAGCCACAGAUGAAGGGCAAAAUAAUCUUACAAAUAAAAAGUUUAUUACGUUUUUAUUAUCAACUCUAAACAAGAAUGAAAAAAAUGACCCAACUACUAAUUUAGCUUACAAAUGUUUAAUCAACCUAUCUUCCAGCAAAGAAGGUGCUCUUAAACUGAUGUCAUAUAAAGAUGACCUCAUUAUUGACUUGUUAUCUAAAAUGACUGAUCCGACUCAUAGUCAUAUUGAGCCAAUGUGCUACAUUGUAAAUAAUUUAUCCAGUCAUGUUUCUUUUUUGUCUGAUGACGAACCUCACAGUUUUCCUAUUGAUAAAUUGAAAGAUGUGUUAAAAUACUUUCUCUCAAGUGAAGGGAAUAUUAGGGAGAAAUACAGAUUUUUAGCAUUAGUUUUUGCCAAUGUGACCAAUCAUGUGGUCGGUCGAAAACUUUUUAUGGAAAAUAACAGUUAUCUUGCUGAUCUGUUUAUUGUUCCAUCAAAUGCUUCUGAAUCAGUUAUACGUCGCUUGGGAGUGUCACUAACUAUUAGAAAUUGCUGCUUUGAAACAGAUUGUCAUAGCAAACUGCUGGAGGAGUUAACCUUAUUACCAAAUAUACUUCUGCCACUUAUGGGACCAGAAGAGUAUAAAGAAGAGGAAAUGGAAAAACUUCCAAUUGAUUGUCAAUACUUAGAAGAAAGCAAGGAAAGAGAAGAACAUCCAAAGAUUAGAAGGACGUUGGUUCAAGCACUAUGUUUGCUAUGUUAUACAGAGCAUGGCUGGAAUUAUUUGAAAGAAAAUGGUGUUUAUUAUGUCACUCGAGAGCUUCACAACUGGGAAAAGGAUGAAAGUGUGAUUGAAGCUAUUGAGACACUCCUGUUAUAUCUUCUUGUUGAGAAUUACACAGCCCCCGAUGCUAAGGGAAAAGAAUCAAUACUAAACACUGAGCUUGUAAGACCAUCCGAAACAGACGUUGUCAAAGAUUUACCUGAUUUUAUCAUAUAAAUUUUUUUUUUUCUAUA